GCCAAGUAUAACGGAUAUUAUAAUCACUUUGACAAAAUAGGAUUUUAAUAAAGCUUGCAGUUAGUUAGUUAGACGAAAAAGUCAAGAUAUACCAUAAGCUACCAGAUUGAUUUGCACGUUUUAUCUAGAGAUAUCUAAAACCAUAUUCGAAAUAAGAAUAGAAACUAAUGUAAGAAUAAAAGUUAUAUUUCCCGUGCAAUGGCAGCCUGCAGCAGCAAGUCUAAACUCUCGGAAAAGAAAUUUCACAACUGGAUAAAAUCUGGCCUAGCUAUAUUGUAUACAAGAGAUGGACUUCAGCCAUUUGUUAUUGAUGAAAUAAGUGCUUUUCAACGAGACAUAUACGACAAUAUUUUGGCACAGUUAAAUAUAGCUACAGAUUCAGAAUGUUCAGCCUGCACUACUGACGCUUUAGUCUGCGAUAAAAAAAUUUACGAUAGGUGCAAGCGAAAGAGAUGUGGGUCAUUCCACAGGGAAUGCCCAGAAGGGGGUCUUUGUGACCAGUUCAAAGAAAUUAUAAAAAUUGCACAUAGAUAUAAUGGACCUUCAUGGGUGAAUACUGACGCUCAGCUAUGGUGCAGUGAUCCUUGGCAAGUUGCCAAAUGUUACAUGCCAAGGGAAGGUUACAUCACACAGAUGACAGCCGAGGAAACGGACUUUAACGGUAUUGUGAGCGUCAUACUAAAUCACAAAAACUUCUCUCGAAGACUUUCUACAAACCUUACAGAUAAAGUUAACAUAUUUCGCCAGGCUCAAACUGUUUCCAAAGAGUUCAGACAUUCAGCAUCGUUGGAAGUUGAAGACGACGAAUUAAAAAACAAUAUCGACAUCUUAAUGAAACUACUUCAAGAAAAAGAGGUAGCACAGUAUCAAGAAGCCCAGGAUGCAAUGCAAAAGUUGUCAGAGCUAGGUAAACCCAAAUGGUCAAUCUCAACUUCAAAGGAUGACAUUUCCGCAGUUAUGAAAAGCGCUUGUACAUCUGGAGUGAUGCCGGAGGCAGAUGAGGGAAAAGAGAAAGAUGAAAUGUUAAAGCUUGCAGUUAAAGUCAUAGAAGCAAAUACAAAAACAGAUGUCAAAUCAGUAAUCUGGCAGAUGCAAACCUCAUUCAACGAAUAUAAAGAACGCAAAGAAGAAACAAGAAAACGUAAAGAUAUGUGCAAAAAGCUCAUCAAAUCCUAUCAAUUAGAUUGCUCAACCCUGCCAAUCUCUGCCUUGUUUGAGGAAGAAGAUGCUCCUUUACUUAAUUUCUACGUGCAGCCUAUGAUGCAACAAGUUGAUUACCAUAUAAUUCGUAAGAACUAUACGACUGUAAAAUCCUAUUAUGAUGUAUUUCACAAAGAUGGUCGACAGUGUCGCAAUAUCUACAUCACCGGAAAUGCUGGUACUGGAAAAACAGCCGUUUGUCAAAAGAUGGUUCUCUGUUGGUGCCAUGCACAAACUGAGGGAAUGGCAGACGACAACUUUUCACAGGAAGAUAUUGAUGCAAUGAAGUUAUUUGAUUUUCUCUUUUUUGUUUCACUCAGAGAUACAGAAAAGUGUCACGUAAAUGAUAUUAUUCAACAACAGUUAUUCACCGCAGACAAAAAAGACCUUAUUGAUCAAGUACUCGAAGAUGAAAAAUGUUUGAUUAUCCUUGAUGGUUUAGACGAAUGGUCUCAUCCAAAGUCCACCAAAGAGUGUCCUGUGAAUAAGAAAGUUCCUCACAGAAAUGCAAGUGACAACUGCGUUUAUUUAACUACAUCUAGGCCAUGGAAAUUAGAGGCGAACAGACUGAACAUAAAAGAAAUUGAUCAACAAAUUGAAUUAAAAGGACUAGAUAAGAAAGCAUCAGAUAAACUGACAUCAUUUAUUGUGAAUCAUUUAAACAAAAAAUAUUCAGAAGAAAGAAAUCCAAGAGAGUUUCGAGAGUCUGUCGAGAAAAAGAAACAAGUUGAAAAUGUUUCAGAAAUACCAAUCAUAAAGAUACAGUUAGUUAGUCUCUGGUUUAGGGAUAUUGAUAUUAGUACAAAUUAUUCUAGAUGUGCUAUAUAUGCUGACACUGUAGAAAUGCUUUUUUCAAGGGCAAUGGAACGAGAGAAAAUGCAAUCAGAUGUAAACAGGAUGAGUGAUAGAGUGAAACAAAUGAACAUAGCACAGUCUGAACUUCACACACCUGCUUCUAUUUCACAAUUACCACUGUUAACAGACUUUGUAUACCUUCUAUAUAAAAUUGGUAACCUGGCAUUUGACAUGUUCUUUGGGACACCUGAAGGAGAAUCUGAACUUAUAUUUAAAAGAGGCAUUGGCAAAAGAUAUGAGUUGUCUGAUAUAGAAAUGGACAUUUUACUUUUUGUAGGAAUCUUGUCGAAGAACAAAGUCAUUGGACCGCAACGCGACCGAAUGAUUAAGCUGUCAUUUCUCCACAAGAGCUAUCAAGAGUAUUUUGCAGCGCUGUAUAUUUCAAUGAACAAAGAACAUGAAAAUAUUGAACAAUAUAUAUUUUCUAAAUGUAAUUCUUCACUGGUUGAAUUUCUUAAAUAUGAGCAGAUGUUUGUUUUCCUUACGGGCAUGAAUGUUCAAGCAAUGGAGAAUAUUUCCACAGAAGUUCGGAAAAUGGUGGCCGCCGAUAGAGAUGUCAAAACAUACCGACAAUCAGCACAUUACAAGUUCGGAUUUGUAGUUGUGCUGAAACCAUAUAAUAAUCUUGCCAGUGAACUGUUUGAACAGGAAAGAAAUGGAAGAGGUGCUCUUAGAGCCCUACAGACGCUUUUGUUAAAUUGUUUGGAGGAAAGUGAUAGUGCUGGCUUGAAACGCUUUGAUCUACCUCUAUCAGAUGUCUUUAUUGAUGAAGAAUAUCCUUCAGAGCUGGAAAAUCUUUUAAGGAAUAAUAGUCAGCAUGUGAGAUCCGUUAGCACAGAAGUGUAUACAACGGAUAUGGCAGCGUUAAGAAAGUUGGAAAAGCUCGUCGUGAAUGAGAAUACAUAUACAGACAGCUGUAGAGUCGACAUAGGGGAAUAUGAAAAGUGCAUUUCUUCAUCAAGUUCAUAUUUAGUCAGUUUGUCUUUAGCAAAUUGUAAAGGUAAGCUUGGUCUGUCUACACAUAAUUUCAAAGCUCUUACCUCGUUUGCGUUGUUUGAUGUGCUUUUAAAGCAUCAAGAGCUUGUGGAUGUAUGUGGUUUUAUCUCAGCAACAGAAGCUUUAACUCAACUGUUCCUGUGUGGAAUUAAAUGCUUCGAUCAUGAAGAUAAAUGCACAGGCAGCAAACUUGACUUAUCUCGACAUUCGGAGCUGAGGUUUUUGCGGUUGCAGGGUUUAUAUGAACAUGGAUCUCACCAUACAAAGUUAAAUACAAAAAACUUGCAGUUCUUGGUGGUUCAAGACAAUUCUAAAGGAAUAGCUGUGAAUUCCAUUAUCGAAGAUAUCCGAAAUGCUCCAAAACUGACGGAAGUUGUUUUCUUAAGUUUCGACAGACUUCAUUUAAUUGACCACAUCAUUGAUACAAUACCAACGCUUAGCUGUUUAGAAAGAUUAUCAUUCUUUAAUGUAAAUUUCGGAGACCGUGUAUUGCAGCUGAAUACUAGAAAGGAGCAACCCAUUAAAAUGGUGAGCUCUUUAAACACUUCACUAACACUUCAUUCAUUUUGUACAUUUGUGGACAGUUUACCAAAUAAAGGAGCGAUUGUACACAUUCAAGCAAGCAGACUGACACAUGUUGAAGGCAAAUGUACGACAGAAAUAGAUAUGGAGGAAGCUGCAAAGUAUGUUCGAGCAAAAGGAACAUUUGAAGUAACACUUGUUGAGAGAGGCAGACUGGCUUUCAACUCGAAAUGUUAGUAACCUGAAGCCGAAAUGAAUUUUCUUAGGCAAACUGUAUGUUUUAUAGACGCCUUCAUAGUAGAAAUGAAUUUGUUCAGUGAGGAUUAAAGUAUUUCUAUGAUUUUUUGAGUUAUAAUCUUCAGCGUAUCGUUUUUAAUUGCAGUGCACUUAUUAGCUCAAAUGCAAGGAAUGUUAGGGUGGGCUAUUGUCACGCCUUUCUACCAUCGUAAUUUUAUCUGUCCACAAUUUAUAAAAGACGGCUUUGUAAUCCCAUGGUGAAUUUUUGAUAACUUCUUAGAAGUAAGCGGAAGUGGAAAUAACACGGCAAUAUUUCAACAAUUGUUGUUGCCGUGGUAACCAGUCUGUUUCAAUUGACGGGAUAUUUUUCUAUGCAAACGUACUGGCAUAACUGAAUGACACUACAGAAAUAACCUGAUUCAAAAGAAAGUUGUUUGUUAUCUUUGAAUUUGGUCCAUUUAAAGCAUGGUCUAAAGAGGGAGGGUUUCAAAAAUAUUCUUAUAAUCUAAUCCUAAGGUAUUUUAUAUAUGGCAUUAACUAGUAUUUGUCUGCCACACUAGGUCUCUGUGAUCUCUGUGGUCAGAUUUAGGGCCGUCGCAAUGACUCAAUUGGGCUUAAAAUUAUACCGACAUAAUAUAGGCCAUAUCGCGAGCUUCUAAUUUUGAAAUACCAUCCUAGUUACCCCUCAAGACAUUAUUUCAUGCAUAGAUGAAUAUCGUAUUUGGACUGAACCAACGUCUUUCCGUAAGCCAGCUGGAUGGUUCACACACAUGAAAGAAUUCUACAGCUCUUGAGGGAUUUUGAACCAAUACCAGUGAGGGGCAAGUGAUCCUGGUUCAACGAUUUCAACCAUUCAGUUAUGGAGGCUCCCGUACUUUUUUGAAUUUCUGCCAUACUUAAAAUAUUUUAGAAAAAAACAUAGUUGCAGUAGGGAAACAUAUACACUCGUAUUUGGUCAGAAGCAUCCAUAUGCCAAGCACUCUCAGGUUCUUUUCAAAUAAUGACACUAGUCACAUAUGGAAUUACACGAUGAGCUUAUCGGUUGUUAUUUUGAACGUUUCAAAUAUUUUUCUUUUAUAUGUUUACAAUGCUUUUUCCUAAGAUAUAAAACUUAUAGUAGUUCAGCUAUUAUUCGACAUGUAGAUUCCACAAGGAUGCUUGUUUUUACGUAUGUUAAAAAAGAAAUUUUAUGAAUGACUGCAUGUUUGGAACUGCUGCCUAAUUGUACACUUACUAUAAAAUGUUAUUUGCGUUUUCAUAUGAUAAA